GUCACCACCUCUCCACGAGACUAAUUUGGAUGAGGUCGCUAGCUGCCCCCACACGUGCACAAGUUGUGCAUUCUGUGUGUACUCUCAGCAGUCAGUGUUUAACUUGAGAUAAGCCAAACAAUAGUGCAAAGGAGAGCCGGGAAAUAUGGGAGUAUUGUCGUUGAAUUUACGACAAGCGGAAGAAAUGUUUUCUAUGUCAUAAACUGUAGUGUAGAAUUUUGCUGAGCGAACACCCUUACUCUGGGUCACACUACUUGUACGCCUCUUUCGGCGAUGCCAACCUUCCAUUGAUGUGUCUACGGAGUGGCUUUGAGUGGAAGGGGCUCCGUGGCAGCAGACAGCUACACGAGUAGUUUGCAGAUUGAGAAGACGGGGGAAAGUCGAACUCGCAUGGAGUAGGACUCGCUACCUAGCCAUGGCAAAGCUCCGUUGCUGUGGAUCCUGACAAAUAAUGAAUUGUGGAAGUCCCAUCAUUCCCGUGUUUGUGACUUGCUAGACUCGACAAAAGUUACAGCAAACGUGAACCAUUGACCGUCGCAUCAGAAGGACGAGAUGGUGUAGACAUACAUGUUGUGCAAUACGUGUUUCAGUCGACACGUGUGAGGGACUGCACCAGAGUGCUUAGUUUGACCCAACCUGCUAGCCCGUAGUGACGACCAAGUGACAACACAUGUACCAAGAACUGGCUGUGUAGACCACUCCGGUAAUUGGACGGAGGCCGCUCUUAUCGUGUCAUAAUUUGUUAAGCAAUUGGGGUGGGCUCGGAUUGUGCCUGUGUCUCCAGUCGAGGGGGGCUACAAGUGGAGUGUAGGAGGUAUCGUGCAUCGUGCCAGGCACCCUGACAUCUACACGAGGUGUGGGGGCCUCUUAUGGCCGUUAACACAUUCGGAAGCCGUUGUUAUACCCAACUAGACGCUAACCUCUAGCCUACGGCAUUGGAAGAAUAAUUGUGAAAGUGUAUCGUAAUAUGGAGAUGGAAACUCAAGCUUGGUUGAGUGUGUUUAUUUGUCUGGCUUCUUUAGUCUCGGCGUCGGAGUACGACUACAACUACUACAGAGAUGAAUACAACAACGACGGCUACAUCAUACACGGGGACUACCCGCGAGACUGGACACCUAAGUGGGUCGGGGUUACCCCCAAGUGCAUUGAUAUUCCCACAAAUCUAACCCUAUGCCAAGAUAUAGGCUACAAACGCAUGAGACUGCCAAACCUUUUGGACCAUGAUACCCUCAACGAGGUCACCCAACAGUCUAGGUCCUGGGUUCCUCUUCUUGGGAUUCACUGUCAUCCGGAUGUUAAGCUGUUUCUAUGUUCGCUGUUUUCCCCCGUAUGCCUGGAAAGAACAAUUUGGCCCUGUAGGUCAUUGUGUGAAAGUGUCAAAAACGCAUGCCUGUAUAGAAUGAAGUUCUAUAAGUUCGACUGGCCGGAGAUGCUACGAUGCGACAAGUUCCCAGUUGAUAACGACCUCUGCAUCAAACAACAAAAUUACAACAAACCGUGCAUUGGUUCUCAAUGUAAAAACGAUGGGAGUUCUUCAGGUGGUUUCAUAGCUGAUAAUAACUGUACGGCCUGCAAACAUCCUAUGACAUUCGAAGCCAUCGUCGACAACAACUGUCGGUCCCAAUUUGUUAUACGGACAGGUGUCGCCGAACUCCAGAAGAGGGAUAACGACGCCCUCGUUGUCUUGAAGAAGAAGAAAAAGUUUUACAAGAAAGAGGAAGCCAUAUCGAAGAAGGAUAAGAAGAAUAUGGCCUUCAUCAUAGAAGGGGGAGCCAACUGCCAGUGUGACCUUCUCAAUGACACCAGAAGCAAAUUUCUGAUAAUGGGAAACAAGAGGGAUAAUACGUUCGUCAUGUCCUUCGUUGUCCCAUGGGAGAAGAAAAAUAAGGAUUUCAAGAAGGCUCUGAAGAAGAUUAAGAAGGGACACGAGUGUAAGGACCUAUUCAACAGCGAGGUCAUUGGUGUGACAACUAUGCUCCCGACUGAUCCCGCCCAGGGGGGUAAACCAAAAACGAAAGGCAGAAAGAAGGGAGGUAAGCGAGGCAAGAAGGGCAGAGGAAAGAAGGGAAGGAAGGGAAAGGGAAAGGGAAGAGGAAAGAAGGAUAAGAAAAAGGGGAAAAAAUCAAAAGGUAAGAAGCGACGACCAAAGAAGGAUCGCAAGAGGAAAUCGGGUUCAGUAACCACACCAGCCCCGUAGAAGCCUGAUUGAGGACAUCUUGGCAGGGACUUUCAUUUCAAAUACUCCAUGAGGUGUACCAUAUUUACAUUCUCGCAUCCUGCGAAGGGCAUCUGACAAUGCAUGCUGUGACCAGCGGACGGUGUUGCCAGGACAAAUCUUACUGAUAAAAGGUUCGUCAUCAUCUGCUGGCCUCCAUAGGUUAGACAUAUGUACUGGUAGAUACAACCAGGCGUCUCGUCUCGUGCUAAACUCAUUGGAUACAAUCCUUGUAUUACUUUCAAUAGAUCUAGACACAUUUGUACGCAAGCGCCAAGCGCAAUAGUCAUGAAGUGUGGGUCUCGGUUUCUCUCAAUUUUUCAGCAAAUUUCGGAUUUGUCAACACUGUCCAUCUUCGCCUGUUAAACGCAGCUGUCAAACUGACAGUUUCAGCAACUAUUUAUAACUCCUAUUAUCAAAAGGUCAGGAAGACUAAUGGAUGAUAUAUAUAAGGUGCAUGUAUAUCUACAUAUACGUAUUCUAACCCACCAAUCAGAGACUCCCACGGUUUUGUGUAUAUCUGUAGAAUAUUAUGUUCGUGUCAAACAUACCGCGUUAUAAGACGGGUGCCAUUAUCAAGCGUGUAUUUACCGUAUUUCCCCUGUAUUUACUCGUAUCUCUAUGUUUAUAAAUAUUUACGUUCACGACAUCGAUCAAUUAAACCAAAGAUGCUUUGUUGUGCUUGUAGUAUAGGGAGCUCUUGAAUGCCCUGAUUCUGGUAUUGGCUCUAUCUAGUGUCCUUCGUUGCUGAGAACGUAUACCAAGUUGUAAAUAUGUUGCAGUAAACGUCGUUUGCAUGCAUUUAUUGUACAAAGCUAUGGUAGUCCUCUUGGUGUGUAGAACAAGGGACGUGUAGUGUGGACCCUGAACGGACAUUUCAUAUGGCGUUCUUCCACCCAUGGUGGCCAUGUUGUAAAACCAGAUGUACAUAACAAAUAUCGAUGACAGUGCUAGCCCAGAGAAUACUCUGGCAAACUGUAAACCAGUUGUAGUCCAAAGAUGCACAAUUCUUGGAAAUUCAUCGGAAGUUUUCCUGAUGGACGGUUCGUGUGUGCACAUGAUAUUGUAAUGACAAGGUAAAAUUGGAUUCUGAUAGCGAGCCAUGUUUGGACAUGUUUACAUGUGACCCGGAGAUUGAGUUUCGGUAUGUACCUGUUACGUGUUAUGCUACUCUAAAUUUGUUGAUAGCGCUUUUGUAAAAAAAACAUGGACUCUUUGACUGUCUGUCCCUAGCUAUUCAAUUGUCACAUCAAAUGAUAUUUUGGAAUCCAUUAACCCAUGUGAAAUAACUGGUCAAAGAUUAACAUAUAAAACUCUCAACCCUAA